CCUGUUUUGAAUUACUUUUUGAGUCAUGAUCCAAAGGCAACCACAAGUCAAUUUCUCCCUUCUUUCCAAGGUGGCCAGGGGGCAAUAAUACUGCAAUGGGUAACAUUUCAUUAGCAAUUGUCUGUGUCCUGGAUUAUACCAUUAUCCAUCUCUCCUGUCCCCAGAUUGGUUCAUCACCACAGGACUACGUCAACGCUCACAACGCAGCUCGAUCAGAGGUGGGAAUCGGACCUAUUACUUGGAAUGCUACCAUAGCGGCAUACGCACAGAACUAUGCUAAUCAACGUAAGGGUGAUUGCAGACUAGUGCACUCGGGUGGCCCUUACGGUGAGAAUCUUGCAUGGAGCAGUGGUGACCUCUCGGGAACGGCUGCCGUUAACCUUUGGGUAGCAGAGAAGGCCGACUACAACGCAACCACUAGAUCAUGUGCUGCCGGCCGCCAGUGCGGCCACUAUACUCAGGUGGUUUGGCGCUAUCCAUAUUUGCGCUUGGGCUGUGGUAAAGUUAGAUGCAACGACGGCGGCACCUUCAUCACUUGCAAUUAUGAUCCCCCCGGAAACUAUGUCGGGGAGCAGCCGUUCUAG